CAUGCCUCUCUCCUCUGUGAGUUGUGUCUUGGUCCUGUCUUUCUCCCUGCUAUGUCCGGCCUAUGGCUGGCCACGACGGAGGCAGCUGGGCCUCCGCCCCCCUCCUGUCCGUCCCGGAGUGAGGCCGGCUGAAGAUAUGUGGUUCAAGGAGCAGAAACUGGACCACUUCUCUGACAGCGACCACCGGACCUGGUCCCAGCGCUACUUCGUCAACGACACUCUGUGGGAGCGGAAAUCGGGGCCUGUCUUCCUCAUGCUUGGCGGGGAGGGACCGGCGGAUCCCGAAUGGCUCAGUACCGACACCGAGAUCAUGAUCAAUGCGGCCAAGUUCGGAGCCUUCGUCAUCCUCCUGGAGCACAGGUUCUAUGGAGAGAGCCACCCGACACCUGACACAUCCCUCGAGAACCUGGUCUAUCUCUCCAGCUGACAAGCUCUGCGGGACGCCGUCUAUUUCAAGGAGUACAUGGUGACUCUGCACAACAUGACGGAUGCCAACAAAUGGGUUUCGUUUGGAGGGUCUUACUCUGGAGCUCUGUCUGGUUGGCUGCGCAUGUUCUACCCUGAGACCGUAGCUGGCGCAGUCGCCACCAGUGGGCCCGUCCAGGCCGAACUCAACUUCUACCAAUACCUUGAGGUGGCCGGAGCGUCACUGGCAACUACCAAGAACGGACAACAGUGUGUCGAUGCACUGCAGAAUGCCACGCUAAUCCUGGGGACUAUGUUGGCGGACAAGGCCCUGUGGCCGAUGGUGGAGAAGAUGUUUAACGUGUCUUCUUCUAUUCAGAAUCAGGACGACGUGGCUCUAGUUGCGGACACUCUGGUUGGAAAUUUUGCAGAGUGUGUUCAGUACAACAGGGACAAUAUCUUCCCGUUCACCAUCGACGACCUGUGUGAUGUAAUGGUGAACGCUAGUCUCGGGUCUCCACUGGAGCGCUAUGCGGCUGUGAAUGACGACUUCAACUUUGAUUUGCCCAUCGAUGCAAAUUUCUCCGCGCAGGUGGAGGAAAUGCGAGGGACAUCUUGGAACUCUUCGGCGGUGGAUGAAGGCAUGAGGCAGUGGAUCUACCAGACCUGCACAGAGUUUGGUUACUACCAGACCACAGACUCUGCCAAACAGCCAUUCGGCGACUUGAUAACACUUGCCUCCCAGCUCAAAACUUGCUCAGAAGUGUACGGUCUCUCUCCCGACAGUGUAAACAGUGCAGUUAUUGCCACCAACAAACACUACGGAGGGAGAGUCAACAUACCCAGAAACGCGACAAACAUAGUUUUCCCAAACGGUUCCAUUGAUCCAUGGCAUGCACUGGGUGUUCUGGAGUCGACCGGUUCCCUGGUGGCAGUUUUCAUUAACGGGACUGCACACUGUGCCAACAUGUACCCUCCGUCCCCCAAAGACCUCCCUGGCCUCGUGAAGGCCAGAGCCAUUAUUACUGCCACCAUACAAGAAUGGCUCUAAGCACUACAUGAAGUGUGCAUUGGACUCGAUUUACUAGAUAUAAUGCUGUAGUAUGCGUACAGAACUUCCUUUUUGAAAAUUCACGUGUGCUUUCUGUUUGCAUAGGAAUGCUGACCUCAUGGGUUACCUGCGCAUGCGCUCAAUUCGUUGGGGGUCUAGUGCCGUAGUGAUAUGUACGUAGCUAGCAGACAUGCAGCCAGAGAAAGUCAAGUCUGGCUAUGCCUGUCUUUUGCUUAUGUUUCAUCUCACAUGGGCGAAAUACAGCGCAUCAUGCCGUACAAUCACCGUUACCGAUUCUCUGAAUCUGCAACAGGCCAUAGAGCGACUACUGACGACGGACGACGGGAACGGAACAGUUAUCAACUGCACCAGUAUCGAGGUACCUCCCGGAGAACACAUCCUAUCGUCUCAAACACUGUUUACUGCUGAGGUGGGAGCCGUAGAGAUCCGCGGUCCGUCCGGGAAAGGAAACGCUUCUGUUAUGUGUCACUACGACGUGGAGUCUAAUUACACAUGGUACUUCGGCGAGGUGACGUCAGUGAAGAUUAACAACAUACAGUUUCACGAGUGCCCCAGACCCCUCAGGAUUGAUACAGUUGCUGAUGUGGAAUUAACUAACUGUUCGUUCAGGUACUUUACGGAAGCAGUGUUGGAUAUGUUCAACUGCCACAACGUAAGACUCAGCAGUGUGACAAUAGAACACAAUCGGGGCUCUGGGAUAUCAGACGUUAGUUACAGGGGCAACACUGGAGGGGCCUCGUUUGGCUACAACAAUGUCCCGCAGAGAUUCAACGCUCUAUAUCUCAGCAUCUCAGACUCAGUUUUCAGAAACAACAGUGCCACGGGUUUUCUUACCAGUACCGAGGCCUUUUCCCGCAGGGUCUACACCGGUAGGGGAGGAGCAGUGGGUGUUUUUGCAAAUGAGUCCCGUACCAACAUCAGCGUGGUUCUCUCUAACUGUCUCUUUGAAGCUAACUCUGCUCGAUCAUUUGGAGGGGCAGUGUAUAUACUACCAGGAGGCAGAACUAGUAGUCACAAUGUGCAGGUCCUGGAUUCCCGGUUUGUGUCCAAUGAAGCUGGCACUAGUGGCGGAGGACUGCAAGUGACAUUCCCCACUGCAGGACCAAGAAACAGUCCACAUCUGGUGACGUUUGUUAACUGUAGCUUCACCAAUAAUACUGCACCCUUCAACGGUGGCGGAAUGUACAUUAGCUCAAUAAGACGUGGUGCAGUCGGAAAUAGUGUUGAUAUUCAGAGCUCCAACUUUACCGGCAAUAAUGCAACCUAUGGUGGGGCACUGGUGUUGAAGUCAUUUGCUUUCUCUCUCGACAAUUCAUCUCUUGCAAACCAUCAAGUCAGCGACUGUAUGUUUGUGAGGAACUCUGGAGUCAGCGGUGUAGUAAGUGUUUGGUUUGUCUCUGCCUACUUCAGAGGUUCAAACAAUCUCACUGAAAACUACGGAAAUGCUCUCCAGGUGAUUGGCUCAGUUGUGCACCUGUCUGGUCAAAUGACUUUUUUAAACAACAGUGGUGAAGAUGACUCGGCAUUUCAACUGCUCUCAUUCUCCCAGGCAGUGCUGGGCACUGGACUUAUCAUUAGCUUUAUAGGAAACUCAGGAAGGUUUGGAGCAGGGAUAUAUGUGGAGAACCAGUAUGACUCGGCGGUGGGGGGCAGCUAUCCUUCAGCCUGCUUCCUGAGGCACGAGGAGUACAAGGCUCCAGAAGAAUGGGAAGAUAUCACAGUGAGAUUCUCAGAGAACAGGGCAAUUCUGGCCUCCAAUUUGUACCUGUCCCGCCUCGACUGGGAGGCCUGCUCAUCUUCCUUCCACUAUACCUUCAAGUUUUUGAAAAACAGGGAUGACAUCAUCAGCUGGCCAAUAUGGGAGCUAGGAGACUCCAAUGUCAAUACUGGUUAUUCUGAUCCCACCUCCCCUCGCCUGGCUGUGCAGACUUCUGUGAAGACGCUCAUCACUGGAAACACAACUGUGAGGGCUUGGCCUGGUCUCAGAUACACAAUAGUGAUGGCAGGGAUCGACCAGUACAAUACCUCCACUACUGCACUGGCAAGACUCCACUUCAGGCCUAACAAUGCCACCCAGGGUAUAGGCAUCAGGUUUACUCCUGAGGUGAUCAUAAUCGGACCAGACCCCACUUCUGGACUACUGACUAAGCACUUCACCGUCUACCAUGAAAUCGAGAACAUCUCGUCAAAAACUAUAGCUGGGCCACUUGGACAUGUGAUACUUCAAUCGCUAGAUACCACUACCAUUGAAGUAGGGUCAGCCAAGUUUGUUUUGGAGGGCGUCCUUUGUCCUGCUGGCUACACACUACUCACUGACAGCACAAAGUCCUCCACAUGUGGAUGUGAUGAGGACAUUCCCGAGGUUUUACUGUGUAAAGAGGACCAGGAGACUGUGGUAAUUAAGCCAGGUAAAUGGGGUGUCUAUGUUCCUACAAAUAAAGGGCCUAACAUGGAGUUCUACACAUGCCCUGCUGGCUACUGCAGCUGCAGGCGUGAUCCUGAGAUCAGUAAUGACACCUGUAUCUACUCCUACGUCCACAGUGAUCCUGAUCUCCAGUGUAGCUGUGGCAGGACAGGUAUUUUGUGUGGAGAGUGCAGCUCUAAAGGAGAGGGGGUUAGUGCCCUAUUGAAUGAGUGUGUUUCGUGCUCCAACAUUUCAGCACUUCUCAUACUUGCUCUGGUUCUGGCCGACGUUGCUGUGCUGCUGGCUAUCACAGUCCUCAAUCUUCCACUUCCCUCCUGGAUAAUUCCCUUCAUUAUCUACAUUCAGCUUGCACCCAUAGUGGGAUUGUAUUUUCCGCCUAGUUUUAUACAAGUCGGAAAAUAUCUCUACUAUGUAGCCAGUGCAUCAAGUUUCUACUUUGUCUAUGACUUUUGUCUCUACGGUGGUCUCAGCCCAGAAAUGGCCUACUUCCUCCGCUAUCUUCCUCUGCUACUGGCCAUCGUUACUUGUGUACCUGUUCUCAUCUGUAGGUCGACUCGUGUGGUUUCCAAGCGUAGGCCACCCAGCAGCCAUGGUGUGUGGUCAGUGGUGCUGCUCAUGUACACAAACAUUGUGCACACAGCUCUCACUGUCCUACAUUGCCACAAUAUCACUAACACUCAAGGAGACUCUUCAGCUCGCUGGUUUGUGAAUGGUAACCAGGAGUGUUUUGCCGGCAGUCACAUUCUGUUGGCUCUGGUGUCUAUGGUUGUAGUGGUGGCGGCAGGAGGACUCAUACCUGUCUGUUUCAUUCUGUCCUUGGGUCACUCAAACAAGUUUCCAAAGAGUGUGAGACCGCUGCGAGAGGCCCUGAUGGAGCACUAUAGUGAGAGGUGUAGGUGGUGGUCAGCUGUAGACCUGGCCAGGAGAUUCCUCUUCCUCCUCCUGGUCGUGGUACUGCCUGGGAAUCAGGUGGUCCCAGUCCUGCUCUUGGCUCUCUUCGCAACUCUCUACAUCUAUGUUCAGCCAUACCGACUGAAAUUUACAAACCUGAUUGAGUCUGCCAUCAACGUCAACUUCCUGCUUCUGCUAAUCCUCAAUACAACUGCCUUCUUCCGCGAGGACUACCUCACAUUCCCUGCCCCUCCGGAGGUUCAGUCCAGUAAUGCCACUUCAAGCUGCACUCACAGUGUCAGCGGUGUAGCAACAGUCUCCUGGAUACUAAUGCCCUUCUAUUACCUCCCUCUGGCCAUACUCUGUAUGGUGCUCGGGCUUAAACUCUUUUUAUACGUCAGGUAUGAUAAUCAGUAUGUAAACACGACAGCACCUGGUGUUGUUACAAGUGUCUUUUCUACACAAUAAGUGGAUUUACUGGCAUGAUUUGGCAAGACUAUCUCGCUCCCAAGAGUGUAACGAACAGCUUGGGAUUGUCACAAAUGGAUAACGUUGAGCAUUAUUAAGGGAAUCCCUUGGUAUGAUAUUGUGUAGGCUGGGGAAUGAGUGACCUCCUGGUCUGCGUAAAAUAGCUAUAAUAUGCCCAGGCUCCCUUCACAUUAUUAUAGGUUACAGUAUGGAAAUGAGAUUAUAGCUGCUGCCUUUUGCAGGUACAGGAGGAAGGUCAGACUGGGUGACUCUCAGGAAGGUGAUAGACAGAUAAUCAUUCAGGGUGACGGGACGGACAGUGGCAGCUCAGUGGUCUACACCAAGUGGGAUGUUGAACUGAGUACUGACGGGUUCCUUCAUCUCCACUCACAGCCACAACUGGAAGACUCCUGAUGAUUGUUUAACUGUCAUUUUAGAGUUUUGAAAUCAAGCCUUGUGUGUGGUGGAAGGCGGGAAAAGGGUGGGGCUGGUUCCGCGCAAGGCCGGGGCGCGCGCGCCUGCGAUCAAGCAGGGGUUCUCGCGAUCUUACCGACUACCCUUCCUGGCUAUUCAAAGUCUGACUCCUCUAGAGAAAGAGCUGGAUAUAUAAUUAUAGGCAGGUAAUGAAUGUCAUGAGAUUACUGAUGCUGAUGGCUCUUGGUUCUUCAUUGAUUUCCAUGGGCAAUGUCAAGAGAAGACUUGGUGUAAGUUCCUGGGCCGUACGCUGCCCUACAUCUGAAGACAGGGUUUGUUGGCAGCACAAGAGAAGAAAAGAGGAACUUUAAUCAGCGCAAGAUAUGUAAGGACAAGUGGCAAUGGACAGAUGGCAAUAGAGACCUAUGGUGGUCCUGUGAGGCUGCUCAAAUCUCACUCUGGAGCACAUGGCACUGAAACAAGUUUCCAGGGCUAGGGGCCCACAGCCAACUGCUAGCUCGUGGACUUAGUGGGUUCUCAACUAUAGCAGGAAGCUUUUGUUCUUUGCCAAUGUCCCGACAGGUCUGUCUGCCCACCCAUCCUCACAAGUUGACUCAAGACACAAUGCUUGCUCAAUAUAACAUUAGAAAUACACGUAAUCCACUUGCAAAAAUGAACACAUGGUAUUAUGUUGUGC